AUGGCAGCUAACAUUACUAAUGAGAUGAUCGCCACAAACGUGCUAUCUUCAUUCCAGAUCCCACUGGUAGACUUCGGUCAAUAUCUCCAUGGAUCUGAAGAUGAUCAAAAAAUAUGUGUCGACGAAAUCAUGAGAGGUUUCACAUCCUCGGGAUUUGUAUAUUUGCAAAACAGCGGAGUUGAUCCCCGGGAGGCUUUCCAAUGGGCGGAAAAAUACUUUUCCCUGCCCCUGGAAGAGAAACAAAAGCAUCCCAACGUCGACUUUGCAGCGAACAGAGGAUAUUCGGCAAUGGGGGUCGAAAAGGUGACAAAUGCAAAUCUGACCAACGAAGAAAACAUCGCAGAACUUCGCAAACUCUUUCCGGACGUCAAGGAAUCAUUGGAAAUCGGAAGCGAAGCUCGUUACGGCUACCCAGAAAAGCCAUACCAAAACCAUUUCCCUGAAGACUUGAUUCCUGGAUUUGGCAACGGUAUUAUGGAAUUUUACGUCAAGUGCGAUCGGUUACACAAGAACCUCACGGGCGCAAUUACAACUGGGCUUGGCUUAGACAGGUCGUACUUCGAACCAUAA